ACAGCGAGUCGAUUUCCGGUUCCGGCAACACCGGGAUCCAAGUCGAGAUGGAGGAAGAUGCGCCCGGAGGAGGCCGGCGGUCGCUGGGAACAGAGGAUAGAGUGGGGGCUGCGGCCUAGAGGUCCAGGCGUGGAGAGCUCCUCAGACGCGGUGGGGUUGCCGGGGUCUGAGAAGGUCUUCAGGCACAAUGGAAGACAAGCGCAACAUCCAGAUCAUCGAAUGGGAGCACCUGGACAAGAAGAAGUUCUAUGUGUUUGGCGUGGCGAUGACGAUGAUGAUCCGCGUCAGCGUCUACCCGUUCACCCUCAUCCGCACCCGGCUGCAGGUUCAGAAGGGCAAGAGCCUCUACCACGGGACCUUUGAUGCCUUCAUCAAGAUCCUGCGAGCAGACGGCGUGACCGGCCUCUACCGGGGGUUCCUGGUCAACACCUUCACCCUCAUCUCCGGCCAGUGCUACGUCACCACAUACGAGCUCACUCGGAAGUUCGUGGCUGACUACAGCCAGAGCAACACAGUCAAGUCGCUGGUGGCCGGGGGCUCUGCCUCCCUUGUGGCCCAGAGCAUCACGGUGCCCAUCGACGUGGUCUCCCAGCACCUGAUGAUGCAGCGCAAGGGUGAGAAAAUGGGCCGCUUCCAGGUGCGCGGGAGCCCGGACGGACAGGGGGUAGUUGCUUUUGGCCAAACCAAGGACAUCAUCAGGCAGAUCCUGCGGGCUGAUGGGCUCCGUGGUUUCUACCGAGGCUAUGUGGCGUCACUACUUACCUAUAUCCCGAACAGUGCUGUGUGGUGGCCCUUCUAUCACUUCUACGCAGAACAGCUCUCCUCCCUGUGUCCUAAGGAGUGUCCUCACAUUGUCUUUCAAGCCAUCUCGGGGCCCCUGGCUGCAGCCACUGCCUCUAUCCUCACCAACCCCAUGGAUGUCAUCCGAACGCGAGUACAGGUCGAGGGCAAGAACUCCAUCAUCCUGACCUUCAGACAGCUCAUGGCGGAGGAGGGGCCGUGGGGCCUCAUGAAGGGCCUCUCUGCCAGAAUCAUCUCGGCCACGCCCUCCACCAUUGUCAUCGUGGUGGGCUACGAGAGCCUCAAGAAACUCAGCCUGCGGCCUGAGCUGGUGGACUCGAGACACUGGUAACCAGCGGGAGAGAGAAGCCUGCUGCUUUCCCACACUACUUCGGGUUGGGGGCAGGGUGGGGAGGGCAGCACCCUCCCCAAGUGUCCCCCUGCCCUGGGCCACGUGGCCUGUCGGACAGGGACAGAGACUUGAACUGCUGUUGCUGAAGAGGCUCCACUCCUCGAUCCCUUGCCUCCACGACUUUUCAUUCUCCAGCUGAACUGAGCUCCCUCCCUCAGUCCUCGUGCUCAGGCCUUGUCUCUAAGGACCCAUCUCCAUCGCCACGCUGCUAACCCUCCCCCCUGCAUCUGUGUUCCUGACCCUGAGAAGAGCUGUACAUAGGGUUUGCUUGCUACUGCUGGUUCUUCCGUUUGGGCUUGCUGCCCAGCCUCCCAGCAGCUGCCCUCAGUGCUCUCCCAGGCUUGCAUAUUUUUGUUUUGGGACUGAGCUGCCCAUCAGACUACUCUGCUUUGUUUUUCCCGCCACUAGGAGGCAAGUUACCAGGCACUUUUGCACAGGGAGUAGGAGCAACAGGAACUUCUGGGUCUCCAGAGCACGGAUCUGUCUUUGGAGGAGUUCUAAGACUGGGGAGAAAUGUCGAUACUUUAUUUAAGUGUGUAUUUUCUUAACAUCUGUGACAGGCUGUUAUCUUAGUCCUGCUAAUGUACCAAUCCUGCUGCCAGAGCCCACCCCUUCCUCAGACAGGAGGAAAAGUGUAAUGUAGCUUUGUCUUCAAUUCCAGUUCCCUGUCCCUUCAGUGUCCCUUUAGUCUCAGCAGCCCUAAGGGACAAUGUAAGCUGUCCCCUGGCCCAGAUGACCACAGUGGUGGACAUAGACCUGGCUGUCUGACGUAUACUGGACUUGGACCACUACCCAAAAACCUAACAAAAGUAGGUUGAGAGAGUAGUUGGUUUGGGAAGCAACAAGAAGAUGCGUUUUCCUUAGCACAUCUCCAUGGGCCAGCGGAGCCAAGCCUGGGACAGUGCAGUGGAGGUUCUCAGUGCCAGGAAGCCGUGACACACACACUCACACACACAUAUACCCAACGGCUCGGACUCAAGCAACAGAUGUUGUCUGAUGAUGGGAAUCUCAGAGAUGUAGGAUUGUUUUGGUUUUCUCCCCAAAUAUGAAGUCAUCCCAGUCACGAUUCUGUGCUUGGAAGAGAGUAAAAAGCAGUUCAGAAGAUCACCCGAUACCAGGACCACUGCAUUUACCAGCCUGAUACUGCCGACAUUAUCCGUGUAAGCUCUCCUUGGGAGCUAGGGGAGGAGUGCUCCCUCCCUGCCUCAUCCUUCCUCCCCUGCUUCCUCCACCAAGCCCGUGCUGCAGGUGGAGCGGUACAGCAAAUGGAAUGAAAAGGAAGUGUGUCAAAGCGCAUUUCUGCUUAAGACAAUUGGUCUGGGUAGUCCUUUAAACUUUCCUAUUGGUCCCGCCCCCCUGGGAAAGGCCAUUGUGCCAAUUUGAAAGGUGCUAGCUACCUGAAGCCUUGAUAUUUCUUAUGGCUGCCGCACAUUCUUCCAUGUUGGCCAGAUCACUCUGAAAACCAUGUGAAUAUUUCUCAACCUUCACCACCACCAUUGCCCACUUGAUUUCUUAUCUGUAGGAGUUUUCUUCCUUUUGCUUAUUUUUGUUUGUCCCUUCCCACAUUUUGUCACCAGAGCCCUCCAAUCUCUGUCCACAAAUGGUUAUCCAAAGGUUGGGCCCACAGCUAACUUCUGAAUCCUCCUGCUCUUCACUCAUCUCUUUACCCUGAAACCCACCCUAAAAUGGAAGCCAAGGGCCCUUCCUCUCUAUAUAUAAGCUCAACCCAGCAAGACCUCUGAACAGUGGUCUGCUUGGCUCCCCAACUUUCACUAGAGACUUGACUUCCCCACUAUGGCAAAGUGGGUAAAGUAACAUGAGCAGGACAUAGUCUCCUGCCUUCCUUAGGGUGUUUCUCCCUCCCAAACUAAUUUCCUUUUGUUUUUCUCAUAUUUCAGACUCUUCUCUCCCUGUCUCUUUCUCUGUCUCUCUUACACACACUUAAAGGAUGACGGAUGUACAAUUAAAGGGACCCCUGGCCCUUUCCAAUCUAAUCGUUUAGGGACUUGGAUUGGGUUUGAUUCAAACAGGUCUUGGUGGGGAUGCGACAGUGGACCUCCAUUUCCCCAAAACUGGAGACCAGAGUAGUUCACGUUUUCUGACAUAUUGGGGUCGGCAACCAAAACCAGGAGCAACUUCUGGGAGACUGGGCAAGACAGGAAGCUUGAGUGGAGAAUCGAGGGGCAGGGGAAACUUAACAGCUGAUAAAAUGGACUCUUGAAUAUCAACCGCGAAUAUUCACUGUUGCACUGUACGAAGUCUUUGAAGUGUAAUUAAAAGUUUUUAUUGAGCCCCUGAA